GAUCUCAGCCCUGCUGAGCUGAUGAUGCUGACCAUAGGAGAUGUUAUUAAACAACUAAUUGAAGCCUACGAACAGGGGAAAGACAUCGAUCUAAAUAAGGUGAAAACCAGGACAGCGGCCAAAUAUGGCCUUUCAGCACAGCCCCGCCUGGUGGAUAUCAUUGCUGCAGUCCCACCUCAGUAUCGAAAGGUCUUGGUCCCCAAGUUAAAGGCAAAACCCAUCAGAACUGCCAGUGGGAUUGCUGUUGUGGCCGUCAUGUGCAAACCCCACAGAUGUCCACACAUCAGUUUUACAGGAAACAUAUGUGUAUACUGCCCUGGUGGACCUGAUUCAGACUUUGAAUAUUCGACCCAGUCUUAUACUGGAUAUGAGCCAACCUCCAUGAGAGCUAUCCGUGCUAGGUAUGACCCUUAUCUACAGACAAGACACCGAAUAGAACAGUUGAAACAACUUGGUCACAGUGUGGAUAAAGUGGAAUUUAUUGUGAUGGGUGGAACAUUUAUGGCCCUUCCAGAAGAAUACAGAGAUUAUUUUAUUCGAAAUUUACAUGAUGCCUUAUCAGGACAUACCUCCAACAAUAUUUACGAGGCAGUCAAGUAUUCUGAGAGAAGCCUCACAAAGUGCAUCGGAAUUACUAUUGAGACCAGACCAGAUUAUUGCAUGAAGCGGCAUUUAAGUGAUAUGUUGACCUAUGGCUGCACAAGGCUGGAGAUUGGGGUGCAGAGUGUCUAUGAGGAUGUGGCCAGAGAUACCAACCGGGGCCACACUGUGAAGGCGGUCUGUGAGUCCUUUCACCUGGCCAAAGAUUCUGGUUUCAAAGUUGUGGCUCAUAUGAUGCCCGAUCUGCCAAAUGUGGGACUAGAGAGAGACAUUGAACAGUUUACAGAGUUUUUUGAGAACCCUGCUUUUCGUCCUGAUGGUUUGAAACUCUACCCUACCCUGGUGAUUCGUGGAACUGGGCUUUAUGAGCUGUGGAAAUCGGGAAGAUACAAGAGUUAUUCUGCCAGUGACCUGAUUGAAUUGGUGGCCCGGAUCCUUGCUCUCGUGCCUCCGUGGACUCGAGUGUACCGAGUGCAGAGAGAUAUUCCAAUGCCCUUAGUCAGCUCAGGAGUAGAGCAUGGUAACUUGAGAGAGCUGGCAUUUGCAAGAAUGAAAGACCUUGGAAUACAGUGUCGAGAUGUGAGAACCAGAGAGGUUGGAAUCCAAGAAAUUCAUCACAAAGUGCGUCCAUACCAGGUUGAAUUGGUAAGAAGAGAUUAUGUUGCAAAUGGUGGCUGGGAGACAUUCUUAUCCUAUGAAGACCCCGAUCAAGACAUUUUGAUUGGCCUCCUGAGAUUACGGAAGUGCUCAGAGGAGACAUUCCGUUUCGAAUUGGUCGGGGGGGUGUCCAUAGUCCGAGAGCUGCAUGUGUAUGGAAGUGUCGUCCCCGUCAGCAGUCGGGAUCCCACUAAAUUUCAGCAUCAGGGAUUUGGCAUGCUACUGAUGGAGGAAGCAGAAAGAAUAGCUAGAGAAGAACAUGGAUCUGGGAAAAUAGCUGUUAUAUCAGGGGUUGGCACCAGGAAUUAUUACAGAAAGAUUGGCUACAGAUUGCAGGGUCCGUACAUGGUAAAAAAUCUAAAAUAACUGCCACACCAGCACACCUUGAUACCUAUCCUCCCUGGCAGAAAACAGAGAUUCAGGAUGUGUUGAACACUCAGCACAGAGGCUGAGCGAAGCACAUGGACCUCCCUGACCCCCUGACAAGGAGCCUCCCCCUCGCCCUCCCGCUGGAGCCACAGAGACUGGAAGCCGCGCCCAGGGCCGGGCCGGGCGUCUGCUGACCAAGCCCACGAAGCCUGGGCACUCGGAGCCCCCGCACCACACCCUCCUGCAUGUUCUCAAGAUGUCACCUCCGUUUUCGAGGCUUAAGUCCUGUAUCCAAUUUCUAAAUUCUGCAUGAGGCCUGCAAGUGACCUAACCAUGACUCAGGCACAGUGACAAAAGCAAACUGAUCAUCUCAUUUGAACUGCACGGUUCAUGAACUAAAAACUGGCUAUGUCAUUUGAGGAGGACACUUAGUUUCUAUCAUCAGGUUAUUUAUAUCCAGUUUCUAUCAGCAGGUUAUUUAUAUCCUGUACAGACAAAACGCCAGGUUGGGACAUGUGAAAACUGUCACGUUGAUCUCUGACCUGUAACUACAUAUGCCUUCCAGCACAGGUCAAGAAAAUAAGCUUUUGUUUUCAUGGACAUCAUUCCGGUUUGAAAUAACAGUGUGAUGGGGAGAGAAGAAGCGAGAUUGUAGGCUUGUGUUUCAAGCUUGAAACCAGCCCUUCUCAUUUGGGCGUCUACCAUCUAUGAAGGGGCCAUUGCAGACACCCAUUUACAGGCAUCCAUUUAUUUCACAUUUUUAGUCAUCUGUACUUUGCACACUCUUGACAAUUGCAAAAUACCGUGGGUGGCACUUUCUCCCAGAGAGGUUUGGCUUCCCCAUUGGUCUGUCCCGAGCAGGCAGAGUCUGCCGUGCAUGUGUCUGGGUUUGGGUGACGUCUGUGGACGUCAAGAGGCACAUCCACAGGAGCUGUUCCCUGCAUUUUAAUUCUUUAAAUGGAUUUUGGUUUGUUUUAAAUAGAGAAAGGUCAGGGUUAAACAUUUUUGUGAAAGCAAAAAAAUGGAAAACAGGCCCAAAUCUAAAAAUAGGGAAGAGACUGGCUUUUUCAAAGUUUCAUCUUUAUAGAACUGCCUCUGUGUAACUUCCAGGUAAUCUAAGGAGAGACAGCCUGGAGAGGGUCAGUUCUUAAGAACAUAGCUAACCCUGCAUCCCUUGGCUUCUGUGGCAUUUUACAAAGGUUUAUUAAAUGGAAUUGAUUCUUCUAAAGGUUUGAAAAAUAAAAUCUUUAACAUGCAAGGAAGAAUCACGUAAGGUUUUUUCCUCUCCCUGUAAACACAGUGACACUUGCCAUGAGUUUACAGGUUUGGGUUUCCUGCCUGUGGCACUGUUUGUUUCUUCCUGGGUCCUGUUUGUUUGCCAUUUUGUUAAACUGCUACAAGGCAAAUGGCAUUGACUUCCUGUGGGCUCACUGUGGCACUGCAGAGGCUUUCUGUGAGCGCCAUUUAAGGAAUUCAGCUACUUCUCAAUUUUGAGCCAAACUGACGAUUAUAGUCCAGAACACAGUUCUGGAUAACUGGAUAAUAAUCAGAUAACUGAGGAACUGCCCCAGAGAAGCGUGGUUUUCAGCACAGUCUUGGGGGAAAAAAAACAAAAAAGAUCAGCACAUACACAGCGAGUCAGUAUGGUCUUGACACCUGGGAAGGAAGUCUUGUGGAAGGAGUAUCGGCAUUGGCUUCCCAGCCAGAGAGGCAUUUAAUCUUUGUUUAACGUGGACAUUCUUCUAGUCAGUGUGCCCUUUUCUUUAUUAAAGCAGGUGUACAGUGUAUGUUUGAUAGGCCACAAACAGGCUGUUCUGUUUAGCAUCCCAUUCAAGUUAACUCCUGGAUAAGCCAGAAUGAUUCCCCAGACCUCGAUAUGUGAACAUUUCUUUUACCAAGCCUUUCUGCCACUAGAAGCUUCAGCUUCUCCCGACUGCCAAGCACUGUCCCCGGCAUCUGUGGUGCCUGGCGCCUCCACAGCCCGGCUGGCCUGGCUCUCCUAGAGAUGUGCGCUUGCUCAAACGACCACCUCCUAAGAAAGGUCAGUUAGGCAGGAUCCUGUCGGCCUCCGCGUGAAACCUUUAAAGCUGCAGCUUGUGUUUCUGAUCUGUAUUGAGUGACUCCUUAGCAACCAGCUCAGGCCCACUCACAUAGCUCCGCUUUUGACUCAAGUUUUUGUUAAAUCACCUGGAGAGGUUUUGUUGUUGUUAAAUUAUCAGAAACAGACUGAAAUCUAUUCAAAUAAAAAAUGAGACUUUAAAAAUACAUAUCGCCAAGUAAAAGGGCCUGGUAGAG